CCUAAGAUCUCAUCUCAGUGUCCCCUCUUUCAGCUGAAAACCGUUCCCCUUGUCCUCUCCCUGCCCUCCCUGAUCAAGAACCCCUCCCCAGUUUUCCUGGAGCCCCUUUUAGUGCUGAAGCUGCUGUAAGGUCUCCUCCGCAGCCUUCUCUUCUCCAGUCUGAACAACUACAACUCUCUCAGCCUGUCCUCAUGCAGGAGGUGCUCCAGAUCUCAGGUCAUCUCCGUGGCCUCCUCUGGACUCAAUUCAACAGAUCCAUGUCCCUGGUGCUGUCCCUACCCAUUCACUGCUGGCAGGCAUGGAAGCUCCAUCUGGAUCCUUGGUGAGGGGGGCUCUGGCCAUGUCCAUACCGUGUCCCUGUGCCUCUGCCCAAGACCUGUGUGCCCCACGACUGAGCUCUUGCUGCAGCCCUGGCCACCAUCCCACAUCAGGACAUGGGGAUGUGGCUUGGCAUGACCAGGAUGACCAGGGAGCGGAGGAAGGGGCUGCCUGGAGCCAGCUCAGACCUGGAGAGGGGCUGGCAGGGCUGAGCCGCCUGGCACGUGCCAGGAUGUACUGAAGAGCCCCAGGGAAGGGCCCAGCCCUGCGGGGACCUGCACCCCAAUUCAUCCCUCUUUAUUUUCAUGGGACCUGAUUCAUCCCGGAAGGGAUUAGGGACCGGGAAACCCAGUGACAUUCUGGUCCAACCAGCCCGGCCGCCCAGGGAUGGACAUUGGUGUCAGAGGCGGUGCCUGCUGCUCACUGCCACGUACGACCCUGGGGACAUGGCACAGCUGGGACCAACCAUGGGACCCGCGGCCCCUGCGGCGCGGGGUACCGCAGCCGCCUGCCUCGGCUUCAGGUUCCGGCACUGUCUCCAGGCUGCACUAAGGCUGCCAUGGUUCUACCUCCUGCUCCUGCUGACUCCCUGCGUGCCUGCGGCCAACACCAACCCCGGCAUCAAGGCCCGGCUGACCAGGAGAGCGCUGGAAUUUGGCCAGCAGGUUGGGCUGGAGUUUCUCCAGUCGCUGCUGCAGAAGGAGCACGAGCUGAACCUCAACGGCUCCUACCGCAGCCCACUCCUGGGGAUGCUCGCCUACACUGUGCCCUGGAUGCACAUCCACGAGCUGCAGAUGAACGACUCCACCAUGGACUUCUUGGAGGACGUGGGCGUGAGGCUGGUGGUGCCGCGUGCCCGCAUCCGGCUCAGUGCUGAGUGGGGAGCCCAGCUGGGUGCAGUCCAGGACAAGGGCAUCAUUGAGCUCCACAUGCACGACCUGACUGUGGCAACGGUGCUGGGGGUGAGUGCGGACGGCGACGGUCGCCCCACGGUGUGGAGCGACAGCUGUGAUGCCCGCGGCACCCACCUGCACUUGGAGUUUCACCGGGGACAGAGCUGGCUGUACAACCUGCUGGCACCGCUGCUCCAGAGAGCCCUGCGCAAGGAGUUGAACAAGCAACUCUGCAUUGCGAUCCGCAAUGGGGUCCACAGGCUGGAGGCGGCCCUGAAGGACAUGGAAGUGCCCACCCAGCUGAAUUCCAUUGCUGCCAUUGACCUCUCCCUGCUGGCUCGGCCGACCAUUGCAGCGGAGCACAUGGACAUCACCCUCAAGGGGGAGUUCCUCAGGGUGGGGAAGCACCAGCAGAGCCCCUUCUCAGCGCUGCCCGUGGCACUGCCCAUGGCUCUGCCCAUGGCUCACGAGCCCAUGGUGCUGUUGGCCAUCACUGAGUUUGUCGCCAACUCGGCCGCCUUCACGUACUUCACAGCCGGAUCCCUGCACAGGAACAUCUCUGGGAACACGCUCCCGCGGCGAUUCCCGCUCCAGCUGAAGACCAAGAGCAUGGAGGUCUUCGCCCCACAGCUGCAGGAACACUACCCAGACCUGCCCAUGGAGCUGCGGCUCUGGGCGCGCCAGCAGCCCCUGCUCUCCUGCCACCCCGACGCCCUGCACGGAACCCUCUUUGGCUCUGCUGAGGCCUUUGUGGUGCUGCCCAACGCCACCCGUGUCCCUGCCUUCCUGCUGAACAUCGAUGCCAAUGUGACGGGGAAGCCGACCCUCACCAGCAACAGGCUCUGGGCCAGCGUGCGCUUGACGGAGCUCAGCGUGGUGCAGGUGACGACGCAUGUGGGCCCGGUGGAGGUGAAGAGGCUGGAGACGCUGCUGAAGUUUGGGCUGCAGCUUUUUGGGGUGCCCUGGGCAAACAAGUGGCUCCAGGCUGGCAUCCCCCUGCCCACCCCACGUGGCCUCAGCCUGAUCAAGCCCCAGCUCUGGCUGCACGAGGGCUUCGUGCUCAUCACCACGGACCUGCACUACAAGCUGUGAGAGCCAUCGCCGCAGAGAGACGUAACAGUGCCUCGACAGCCGUGUCACCAUCACCAUCCUGGCAAUGCCAUCGCACCCAUGGCAGGGACCCGGCCGUGGGACCCCCACGCCCCAUCUGUCGGGGCUCCCUGGGCAGGGAUUAAAGCUGGGAGCGCGGCUUAGCCUGGCGUGGGUUUGGUGUCAUGGGGAGCCCCACAAAUGGUAUCCUGGGUGGGAUCCGCUCCUGGCUCCGUGCUGGGGCAUCGCCAUGGGGCUGUGCCGGGUGAGGGUCCCUAUCUCUGUGCUGAAGGGGCAAUGGGGUGGAGAUGGGGGCUCUUAGGGACAGGAGCACCCACAAACCCAGGCCUGUGCUGGCUCCCACGGCAGCUUCACACAUCGCCCACGGGAGGGUGCUGCUGUCCAUGUCCUCCCAUCGCAUCCCUCUGGUCCACGGGAGGGUGCUGGUGUCCAUCUCUUCCCACCACAUCCCUCUGGUCCACAGGAGGGUGCUGGUGUCCAUCUCUUCCCAUCGCAUCCCUCUGGUCCACAGGAGGGUGCUGGUGUCCAUCUCUUCCCACUGCAUCCCGCCAGCCCACAGGAGGGUGCUGUGUCCAUCGCCUCCCACCAGUCCAGCUGUUCCACAGGAGGCUGCUGGUGUCCAUUGCCUCCCACUGCAUCCUGCCAGGAUGGCAUACAAUCCAUCCUGCGGGUCCAUGCGGUGGUGCUGGUGUCCUCCCACCACAUCCCACUGACCCAUGACCACCACGGC